GCUUCGCCCCGCUCCGUGCGUGAGUGCGUGCGGCCGGGAGGCGCGGCCUCGGCCCAUUAGGUGAGCGUAUCUCCGGCCGCCGAGCGCGAGCCGCACUGUACAGCGCUCGCUGCAGCAGCCCGGCGCGGACUUCGGCCGCUGCCGUCGCCGCCGCCUCCCUCGGCGCCAUGUCGCAAAGCGGAGCCCCCGGUCUGCAGGAGGAAAGCCUGCAAGGCUCCUGGGUAGAAUUGCACUUUAGCAAUAAUGGAAAUGGGAAUAGUGUCCCAGCCUCAGUUUCUAUUUAUAAUGGUGACAUGGAAAAAAUACUCCUUGAUGCCCAGCAUGAAUCUGGACGGAGUAGCUCCAAGAGUUCUCACUGUGACAGCCCACCUCGCUCACAGACACCACAGGAUAUUAAUAGAGCUUGCGAAACAGAUACCCAUAGUAGCAUUGGAGAAAAAAACAGCUCUCAGUCUGAGGAAGAUUACAUUGAGAGAAGGAGAGAAGUUGAAAGCAUCUUGAAGAAAAACUCAGAUUGGAUAUGGGAUUGGUCUAGUCGGCCAGAAAAUAUCCCCCCCAAGGAGUUCCUCUUUAAACACCCGAAGCGCACAGCUACUCUCAGCAUGAGAAACACGAGCGUUAUGAAGAAAGGGGGCAUUUUCUCAGCAGAGUUUCUCAAGGUUUUUCUUCCCUCUCUGCUGCUAUCUCAUCUGCUGGCUAUUGGAUUGGGGAUCUAUAUUGGAAGGCGUCUGACAACCUCAACCAGCACCUUUUGAUGAAGAAUUGGAACUCCACUUUGUUCACAUAGUGGGGAUUUAUAUCUGAGCUUGCAACACAGCUGACUGAAGAGCUAUUGUGAUCCUUGGGGGGCUGUAUCACUUAUGUUUAUUUGUUCUGUAAAUGCUGUGUUCCUAGUGUAGUAAAGUGAAAGAAUAGACACUGAAAUCAUGCUGACCUAUAAUUAUACGUACAGGAUCAGUUAAUAAGCAUGUCAGACUGACUUAGUAUCUACUUUAAUAAUUUGGUAGUAAAUUUUCUUUGGAUAUUAGGUAUAAAUAUCUAAGUAUAAAUAAUUUUAAUAUACUAGUCAUGAUAUGUAAUAUUUUAAAAAUUAUCUGUAACCUUGAUUGAGUUUAAAACACUUUAUAUUUCAAAAGAAAAAUGUUGAUAUUAAAAUCACUACAUUUUAAAGGGUUUGUCCAAAAUAAAUAUUGUGGCCUUAUAUUCACACUAUUGUAGAAAAUAUUAAUGUGUUUAAUUUAAGUGGAUGCAGGUUGUCUACUAAAGACUAAACUGUGCUAAUUGUUCUUAAAUAGAAACCAAGGGUACAGCUACAAACUCCACUGUAUAGUUCAUGCACUAAGCUGUUUUUGCUUUUGUAGUGUAACAGUUUUAGCCUCCGACUGUCAGGUAGUCAGUUACCUUGGAAGAUGAGUUUUCUGUUGAAAGCACCUCUCCAGUAUCUCUUACUCUUCACUCUGCAUCGAUGAAUUUAAUUUUACCCUUUGUGUUCAACUUUUGUGUGCUCUUUAAAGCAGCUUUAUUCUAAGCAAAUCUUUGUCUGCUUUAAAAGACUAGACAUGGAAAAAAAAUCUUUGUCAUUUGUCAAAUCUUUCUGAGACUAUGGUAUUUAUAAAAGCUUCUUGAUUAAACCAGGCUUACUCCCUAUUAAUGCAUUCUUUAUCUUCUCUACAGCAUGAUUUUUAAAAAGGCUGCUGCUUUGAUAUAAUGUAUGUUUCAUUUUUCCACAUUUAAUUCAGGUGUGUUAAAAUAAAUCUAACAUCUUAAUUUUUAAAAAUGUUUGUUUAUAUUUAAACUAUUACCUUGGAUGCAGUAGCAUAUAGUCCUCUCAUUUGGAGAAAGCUGGUGGAAUGGCAAGAAUUCUUUGUGUAAUUUACCCUCAAAAAGAGUUUGUGAGGUCACAUCGAAUCAUAUUUGCCAAGUGAGUUCUCUUGUUUUAGAUCAGAAAUGUCAGCUUGUUCUGUCUGGAGUGCCCUGACAAAGGGGGCCUUUAGCACCCUUAAAGAGAGUUCAGUGAAUCUCCUACUUACCAUCUGGAAUUGUCACUCAGACAGUUGGGGUCCCUGACAAAGCCACUCACAUGUAUUUCACUGAUUGCAUCAACUAGACUCUUAAGUGCAACUCUCUGCAAGCACUAGUUUGGUUGUUCCUCAAGUGCUUUAGACAGACUCAAGUUUUCUAGAAGCUUUUUUCAUCAGAUGGUACCAUUACAGUAGACAAUUUAAAAUGAAGAAACAUGUUUGAUAUAUGUGUAUAUGUAUAUAUCUGCAUGUGUAUAGGUUUGUUUUUAUCUUUCAGGCAGGAUAAUGGCAAUAUAGUAAUAGAGCCUUUCUGAAUAGCUUUUACAAACAGUCCUCAUCCAUUCUACUGUUAAUACAAAUAACUGCCUACCACACCAUUAUUCAUUUUAUUCAUUGAGUAGCAAGUUCACAAAACGUUUAACAUAAUCCAAAUUAUUUUGACAAGAGAAAUUAACAUUUGGCUGCUACUUACAGGUGCAGUUUUCUGAUGCAGAUAUUGGCACUAACCAUAGAGUCUGAGUUUGUAGAGACUGCAGAAUAUGACACACAUUGCUAGAAGGGAUGCAAAUGGUUACAGCUCUCUGGAGAGGAACCGUGUAGUACCUUUAAAAAUUACAUCUGUACUUUCAUUGUGACUCACAACCCACUUGUAGGAAUUUACCCUGAAGAUAAACUCUAAAAAUUUUGAAAUACAUGCAUAAGGAUAUAACUAAAUAUUAUAAAUUAGCAUAUGAAAAUAUUUGGAACAACUGAAGUGCCCGUUCAGUAAUCUGGUACUGCCAACAAUUGGAGUACUAUGCAGUUGUUAAACACAAUGUGUAAGAGCUAAUGAACUGAUAGUGAUUUCCAGGAUAUAUUAAGUAAAAAAGGGAAGGUGCAAAAGAGUAUAUGUGUCCCUAACAAAAACGAAAUAACAUUUGGUGACAGAUCUUUGAAACAAAGUUUAGAAACAGCCCCCCAAUUUUCUGACAGUCCUCAAAGAGAGACGGUCUGUGUCUUUCCUCUUUGACUCUGGACUACUUGACCAAUAGGACAAGGAAGAAGUGAUCCGUUGCCCGUUUCUAGGCCCAUUCAGCCUUAAGAAACUGGCACCUGCUACUUCCUGUCUCUUGGGAGCUUGCUCUUGGAACCAGCCUACUGCCCAGUGGAAAGGCCUACCUGGAAAGGACCAGUGGCCCUUAAACCUGCUAGCCACGUGGGUGAUCCAUCUGGAAUGUCCUGCAGUGCCAAGAGAGGCUACCCCAGCUGACAUCAUCUGGAGCAGAGGUGAGCUGGGUCUGGUAAAACCUGCCAGAACUGCAGGCUGGUGAACAAAAAUACAGGAUUGUUUUAAAAAGGAUUAUUGUAUGUAUCUUUUAUGCAAAGAAAGAGCUAAG